AUGGCGACACCUAUCAUAAAUAAAGAAUUUUCCUACAGCCCCCUGAUCGACCAAGACUUUCCAAUUCGCGUCCUUCAGGUUGAGUCGGACGAUAUCUCCGAAUCUAUCUCUUGCACGCUCGUUAACUACAAAGAUGCAAAUGAAAGGGGCUGGACUUGUCUCUCCUACACUUGGGGUACCGAGCCGCCAACAGAAGAAAUAGUAAUCAACGGCUCGUCUUUCCCUAUACGAAACAAUGUCUACAAUUUCCUCAAAGAAGCUCGACGUCAAUGUCUUACGAACUUGUGGAUUGACUCGAUAUGCAUCAACCAGUCUGAUACCGACGAACGAAAUUCGCAGGUCGCCCUCAUGAGUAGAAUUUAUAGCGAGGCUAAAUUGGUUAUUGUCUGGCUUGGUCGGACCUCGACGGUUUUGGAGCGUGCCAUCAAACAUCUAGACUCAAACUUCCCUGCUGAUACAGUCACCAUCAGGGCGGCGGCGGCCCAGCCUGUGUGCUGCCAGUUGUCGCCGGCCGAGUGCUCUUCGCUUUUUGAAGCAUGCAGUGCUGCGAUAUGGACACGCCGAUGGGUAAAGCAAGAGAUCCUACUUCCCGAGAGGGUCAUCUUACAAUGCGGCCAGACAUCUGUCAGCAUUUCUGUCUUUUUGGCAGCCAUGGAUGCUUUAGUCGAUUAUAGCACAUUACACAACCACAAUUCCCCUCCCAAUUCUCUACUUGCAGACGGUUCUCCGGGGAAGCAAGACGAACCAACAUCUUGUUUCUUUAAUAACCACAACUUUGACCAGCUGCAUCGCCAGUGCGCCAACGUACUGGCAUUCCGCUCAGCCAUGCGUUCUGAAGGAAAGCAAAAAGGACUGCCUGACUUGUUGAAAAUGUUUAAAGAUUCUUUAUGCACAGAUUUUCACGAUCAUGUCUAUGCUUUUCGUGGUGUAAUGGAGCAAGGCAUGGAAUUUCCGGUGGACUACAACAAGCCAAAAGCUGACAUGUUUAUUUCCACGCUCGACUUUAUCGCCCAAACGACCCAUUAUCGCCUACGUGGCACAAGCGCUGCCGAAAGGGAUCUUCUCGUUGAUUUAUACAGGGGUUUCGAGUUCACCACUAAUGAUCUUGAGGAUAUGCUUGGAUAUUAUGAAACGCGCUUCUUACUCCAGGUUGGCUAUAACUUCGAUAUGCUUCGGAAAGAUAUAUCUGUCUGGAAUUUCACAGACUCUAUUACCGACCAUGCUGAAUUUAUGGCAUCACCCUGGAGAGAGACAAGUCUUUGCAGAGACUGCAGCAGGAUUGUUUUGGGCGAUUCAGAUAUGGACGAAUAUCACACAGUUCUUAACCAACUACGGCCAGACCUCGAUUUGUCAGAGCGUGGUGUAUGGACAUAUGGCCUCCGGUCCUGGAGCGGCAUUGGCCUCAACGGGCUUCGUGCUGUGUAUAUACCGCAUUGGUUGUAUGGUCCCAAUGAGGAUACCCUUCGGCUGUUGCGAAGUGAAGUUCGGGACGGCCAUGCUCUAAGGGCAAUGUCAUUUGAUGCAUGUUGGAAAGAUCAAGAGCUUGCGGAUUGGCUGUAUGAGGUAAAGGAUCACCUGGUUGUUAUGGUCACUGAUAGAGAUGACGCAGCGUAUCAGAUGCACAUCUUUGUUAUGCCUCGCUGUAAGUCAGAAGAAUGUCUGCUUGCAGAAAACCCUGAUCCAAAGGUUGAGAGUCCAUAG